AUGCACGGUAUGGCGCAUCAACACGCAGGAGCGCAUCUUGUACGACGGCAACGCGGUCGCGACGACGACGAUGAUGAUGUGGUCGCGAUUGUUACGCAGGUUAUCGCAGUGACCGAAGGAGAGGAAUCACCAGAGCCGACCGAGAAACCCGGAAUCGCAUUGCCUGCGCCUGCGACACGCGCCCGCGAAACCACCACUACCGAGGAAGAAGACGAGCCGGAGGAGACCGCCAAGCCCACAAAGCCCACCACAACCGCGAGGAAGCCGUCUUCGACACAGGAUUCAGACGACGACCUCAUUGUGGAGGAGACCGGGACGACCAAGAGCCCGCUCAAGGUUGCCUCGACCCUCAUGGUAGCGACCAAGUCUCCCACGCCCAGCCCCGCUUCAUCAAUCGCUGGUCUUGCGUCUGCGACAGCCGCCACUAUUUCAGCUACCGCUUCUUCCUCCUCGGCCGCUGCAGCAGACUCUGAGGAUGGCAUGUCCACCGGUGCAAAGGCAGGUCUUGCCCUUGGUAUACUCCUGGUCGCAUGUGCCAUACUUACUGGCAUCUUGCUUUUGUACCGUCGCAAGAAGAAGCAAAUGGCUGCAGCCGCUGCCCAGGAGAAUGAGAAGACUGAAAUGUACAAUGCACCUCACCCACCGCCUCCUCAAGUAAUGGCUGGUGCUGCUCCAGCUGCUAGCAUCCGUUCUGCUCGCACCGCUUCAACUGCCCCCCGUCUCAGCCUGCGACCAGUCACCCAAUUCGAUCCAGCUUUCAACGAGCAGCGAAAGAGCGGAGGAAACUUGCUCAACGUUGCUGCUGCUGCCGGUGGUGCUGCUGCUCAAUCACAGAACCGCAACCUCUCACCUUCUGUCUCCGCCGAGCGUCCGACAAGCGCCUGGGAGCGACGUGGUGCUGCAAACGCCCCAGCCGCUGACCCAUUCAAGGAUCCCGAGACGCAAUCUGGUCCUCCUUCAGCGAACCCCUUCGGAAACAAGGCCGCGGUCGACACUAAGCAAGCUUCAAUUCCCGACUCACCUCCCAACGCUUCUCCAAUGGCCUCCGCAAUGCACUCUUCCCAGCCCAGUGCUGACUUCGCCAACCCAGCUCCGGCUAUUGCUGCAGCUGAUGUAAAUGCUGUUGCACUGGCAGGAGUUGCGUCUUCGAUCCCUCCCCCAACCUCCGAGCUUCCCCCUCCACCACCAGUCGCCGCCAACAACGCAAGUGUUCCCCCAAGCCCGGCAUGGACUGAAGAUAUCCCCGCUUCUCCUGGCCCUGCUCCCACCGGUCCUCCUCCUGUCGCUGGCGCAAUGGCUGGUGCUCGUCCCCAAAGCCCUGCCGCCGGUCCAGGUCCUAACAAUGUACAUCGUGUUCAACUUGACUUCAAGCCUUCUAUGCAAGAUGAACUCGAUCUCCGCGCUGGUCAACUUGUUCGCAUGCUUCACGAGUACGAUGACGGUUGGGCUCUCUGCAUCCGCAUGGACCGUUCGCAACAAGGUGUCGUUCCUCGCACGUGUCUCUCCAAACACCCGGUCAAGCCUCGUAACGGCCCGCCACGUCAGGGCCCUCCACCACCAGGUAACAUGCGUGGGCCUCCUAUCCGUCCCCAGAUGGGUCCUGGUGGUCCUCAGCCCCGUCCUCUCUCACCGGCCAGUGGCAUGAACUCCCCUGGCAUGCCUCAAGGUAGCCCCGGUCCUCGCCAAAUGUCUCCUCGCCAGAUGUCGCCUCAGCAGAUGCAAGGCCCUCGCAUGCGAUCAAACAGCAACGCUCCUCAGCAAGGUGCUCCUCGUGGCCGCUCUAACAGCAAUGCGCCCUACGCUGGUCCACCACGCUCCAUGUCUCCCGGCCCAUACGGCGGCGGACCACAGAUGGCCCCUCCACCUCAAAUGGGCGGUCGUCCCCGAUCCAACUCCGCGAGUCAGGCUGGUAACCCACGACGAGGCCCAGCUCCCGGUCCAAGCCCCAUGAACCCUAACGGUCCUCUUCCCAUGCCGAGUCGGAAGCCGGUCCCUGGUAUGGCCAUGUAA